CGCGGCCUCCCAGGCCCUUGCUCCGCUGUGGGGAGAUGAACGUGCAAAGGGGUGAGCACCCGCCUCAGUGGACAUCACCGGGUUUGUGGGCAAGAGAAAGAAAGGGAAGGUCGCUCAGUCGUGUCCGACGCUGUGCGACCCCAUGAACUGCAGCCCACCAGGCUCCUCUGUCCAUUCAUGGAGUGUACAGUUCGUCGCAGUCUCCAGAUGGACUCAGAGCCACCUGGUGGACAAAGACCAGAGGUCAACUUGGACUUUGGACACCGGACAUGGCGACGGGCCCCUGCCGGGAAGCGCAGGGCCAAGGAUUGCAGCCCUCUUGACUCUGCUUCUGGCCAGCAGCUCCCUGGGUCAGCGGGUGCGGAGACCCCCGCGGCCCCCAUCCCCUAUCAGCACCAUCCAGCCCAAGGCCAACUUUGACGCCCAGCAGUUCGCAGGGACCUGGCUCCUGGUGGCUGUGGCCUCCCCGUGUCGCUACCUGCAGGAGCAGGGCCACCGGGCUGAGGCCACCACUCUGCACGUGGCUCCUCAGGGCUCAGCCAUGGUUGUCAGCACCUUCCGAAAGCUGGAUGGAAUCUGCUGGGCAGUGCGGCAGCUGUACGGAGACACGGGACGCCCAGGGCGCUUCCUGCUCCAAGCCCGGGGCGCCCGCAGGCCGGUGGACGUGGUCGUCGGGGACACGGACUACCGCGGCUUCGCCGUCUUGUACCUGGAGAGGGCGCGGCAGCUGUCGGUGAAGCUGUACGUCCGCUCGCUCCCUGUGAGCGAUUCCUUCCUGAGUGUGUUUGAGCAGCGGGUCCAGGGGGCCAACCUGACUGAGGACCACACCCUGUUCUUCCCCAAGUACGGUUUCUGCGAGGCCGCGGACCAGUUCCACACCCUGGACGAAGUGCGGAGGUGAGGCGGGUGGCCGCCGUGCGCGAGGAAGGAGCCGACCCGGAGCUGGACCUGCCACCCCUCGUCCACCGCCCCCGCGAAGCUGCCCCUCCCCCGGGUGCUCCGUGGGCUCUCAUUAAACGCCGCAGCCUCA